GCCAAACCCCUCUCCCUCCCGCCGCUCCGCACCCCAGCCCAGAUCCCCAUUUCUCAAUCCCUCCGCGCCGAGCUCCAAUUCCAAUUCCCCACACGCCCUCGAUCCCGAUUGAUGCAGCCGCGAUGGUGCGCGAGCUGCGCGUCGACUCCUUCUACGCGCGCCUCCGCGCCGCCGCCGCCGCGGCGGGCUCCUCCUCCCCGCUCCUGAUCCUCCCCUCCGCCGCCGACGCCGACUCCCUCUGCGCCGUCAGGGCCCUCGCCCACGUCCUCUCCGCCGACUCCAUCCGCUUCUCCAUCUACCCCGUCGCCUCCGCCGCCAGGGCCAGGGACCUCCUCGCCUCCUUCUCCGCCACCACCGUCCCGCUCUGCUGCGUCCUCGUCAACUGGGGCGCCCACCGCGACCUCCGCGGGAUCCUGCCCCACGCUGCCACCGCCUUCGUCGUCGACUCCCACCGCCCCGUCCACCUCCACAACCUCUGCGCCCACAAUGACCGCGUGGUGGUGCUAUUCACCGCCGACGACGAGCACACCGCGGAUCUCUCCUACGACUUCGACCUCUCAUCCCUCGCCGACGCCUCCGACCUCGCCGCCGAGGGGGACGCCGACGACCAUCUCCGCGUCCCUGACGAGGACGACGAAAACUCCGAUGCCUCGGAAUCCGACUCCGACGCCGAGGACGGCGGCAGGAGGAAGAGGCGCCGGCUCUCCGACGACGCGGAGGCGGAAGGCGGCGACCCCGUCAGGCUCUUCGCCAAGCUGCGCCGGGAGUACUACCGCCUCGGCACCUUCCACGGCAAGCCGUCGGGGUGCCUCAUGUACGACCUCGCCCACGCCCUGCGCAAGAACACCAACGAGCUCCUCUGGCUCGCCUGCGUCGCCCUCACCGACCAGUUCGUCCACGACCGCAUCACCAACGAGCGCUACCAGGCCGCCGUCAUGGAGCUCGAGCAGCACAUCAACGGCUCGGGCAACCUCGACCCCUCCGGCGUCGGCUCCGUCGUCACGCUCAAGGACGGCACCAAGAUCCGGGCGCCGGAGGCCUCCCGCAUCGCCUACGAGGACGAGCCCAGGCUCAUGCUGCUGCGGGAGUGGAGCUUGUUCGACUCCAUGCUCUGCUCCUCCUAUGUUGCCACUAAGCUCAAGACGUGGAGCGACAAUGGUCUCAAGAAGCUCAAGCUGCUAUUGGCGAGGAUGGGGUUCCCACUUGCAGAUUGCCAGAAGAACUUCCAGUACAUGAGCAUGGAGGUCAAGCGCAAGAUGCGGGAUGAGUUUGACCGCUUCCUGCCCGAGUACGGGCUCACUGAAUUCUACUACCGGAGCUUCCUGAGAGUGCACGGCUACAGGUCCAAGGUUUCUGCUGCAGAUGUUGUGUAUGGCGUCACAGCUUUGCUCGAAUCCCUCAAUUCCGAGUCCAAGGACUCAAAGGAGUCUUUGGCUGCUGAGCAGUUUUGGGUUGCUUACUCUGCAUUGUCACUGAGCAAUGUUGAUCAGUUGCGGAAAGGGAUGCAGUCUGCAAUUGAAAUACAGAGGGCAAUAUUGAGGCAAGGAAGCUCGGCGAUUACUAAGACAGGGUUUAUACGGAGCGCCAAGAAGUUCCGGUGGGUGAAGCUUGAUGACCCUGUGGACACUAACAAGCUUUGCCAUCCACAAGCACUUACAAAAUUCUGUUUCUUUCUGAUGGAUGCACUGAAGGAAAGGGGUGCGAGGAUGAAGCCACUAAUCUGUGCUUGCUUGGCAAAGGAACCUGAGAAGGUGCUGGUUGUCGGGGUAUGUGGGAAGCCAAGGCUUGGGGCUGUUCAGGGUAAUGCGUUUGGAAAUGCAUUCAGAUCAGCGGCAGAGGAGAUUGGCGCAGACUAUUUCCACGACAUGUUUGAGUCAUCAUGGAUUGUUCUGGAUGUUGUUGCUGUCAGUUCUUUCAUGAUUCGGUUGACUGAGAAGCUAUGAUCAGAUGGCAUUUGCUUGUAAAACGCGGGUGAUUCUUUCAGGUCCCAAGAUGGGAGGGCUCAGGCAUGAUUCUCCCUGAAUAAAGGUGCUUGAGGCCAGCCAGGUGGUAAAUGGCAUGUAUUUUCCGAAAUACCAGUCCAGCUGCCAUUUCACUAACGUAGUGAAAGCCGCCUGACAAGCAUUCUGCUUUGCUAAGUUUGAGCUGCCCAGUGAUUGUGACUUUAGAAACUGAGAAGAAGAGGACUUUCCUCAACUCCCCCAUUAGAAAAUGAUAGAUCUACAGAUUCUAACGUAGAGGGGGAAAAGUAUGUUUGUUUACUGUUUUUCUUUAUCUGAUAGAAUGGAUGUCUGUACGUAUCUUCAUAAACAUGCUUGUGGACAUUUGUUGUAUUCAAUUCUGUAUCACCAUUCACCAAGUGUUGAAAUUCUUUGUGUUUAUAACAAGCUCCUUUAUCUA